AUGACUACUCCGCCGAAGGAAGGUGCUGCCGCUGGUCGGAAGGUGCUCGAAGGUGUCUUUGCCAUCAACAAGCCUCAAUGGGCGUCCUCGGCCGGUGUGCUGCGUGACCUGCAGACCGAGUUCGCCAAAUCAGACCUCUUCCAGCCAUGGCUCGAGUCCACGCGUCGCCAGAUGCUCCUCUCGGGAUCGAAGAAGAAGCAUGUCGAGCAACUGAAAGUCAAGCUCGGCCACGGCGGGACCCUUGAUCCCAUGGCCACUGGCGUCCUCAUCGUUGGAGCGGGCAAGGGCACAAAAGAGCUCGGCAAGUUCCUCGAAUGCACCAAGAGCUACGAGUGCGUCGUCCUCUUCGGCGCAGCAACAGACAGCUACGAUGCAGUCGGCAAAAUCAUCAGCAAAGCCGACUACGCGCACGUCACGCGCGAGCUGGUCGAGGAGAAGCUGAAAGACUUCCGGGGCGACAUCAUGCAAAAGCCCAGCGUCUUCUCCGCGCUGAAGGUCGACGGGAAGAAGAUGUACGAGUACGCGCGCGAAGGAAAAGACGUGCCCGCCGUCGCCGCACGCCGUGUCACCGUCGAGGAACUGGAACUGGUGGAAUGGCUCGAGCCAGGGACGCACGACUUCGCCUGGCCCGCAGAAGAAGUCGACGACGAGGGAAAAGCAGGCGCGGAGAAACUGCUGGGAAUCCGGAAAUCCGACGCCGUCCAACACCUCCGCAACUCGAAGCGCGCGCGCUCGCCGGACACGAACCCGACCGCCGCACGCUCCGUCACACCCGCCUCAGACCACCCCAUCAAGGACGCGGGCCCGCAGCCCAAGAAACCGCGCACCGACAGCGAACCAGCCAUGUCCGGCGCCCUCCCCGCGUCCACCCAGCACCCGCACCCGCACCCGCACCCGCACCCGCAACCGCUACCGCUACCCUACCACGCACAAUCCACCUCGCCCUCGCACACAGGGCCUGACGCAGACGAUGUAGAAAAUGCAGAAGACGUACAAGCGCAACCGCAGAACACCGACGAAAACGCCGCCCUAGGCAGCGUAGAGCGCCCGCUCGACGCAGACAUCCCCGAACCCCCCGUGCCGGUGGAGAAACAGCCAGCAGACAGUGUGGAGCAGGCCGAGGUUGUAGACCAAGCGUUCACCAGCGCUGCCAACCAAACACCAGAAACAAAGCCGAUUGAUAAGGCGCACCAACCACCCGCCGCACGACUACGCAUGACGGUGACGUCUGGCUUCUACGUCCGCUCGCUGUGCCACGACCUCGGGCUGGCAUGCAACUCUCUCGGCCUCAUGUCGAGUCUAGUGAGAAGCAGACAGGGGGCCUACGACCUGGGCGGAGAAAACGUCCUCGAGUACUCUGACCUCGAGAAGGGUGCGGGGGUGUGGGAAGCAAAGGUCGAGGGCAUGCUGGACAGGUUUAUGAGGAGGGAGGGGUGGGAGCAGGAGGUGCUCGAGGACGAGGAGAGCUGGCAGGCGAGGAAGACAGAAUUCAUGGCGAACCGGAAGGACGACGACCGCAACCGAAGCUACAGAGGAGGAGGUGGUGGGAGAGGGAAGUACAGGGGUGGUGGCAAGGGACAGGGCAAGUAUAGCAAGAGCAUGAAUGGUGGGCGGAGGGACUAG